CAGGGCUGCGGAGCGUCAUUCCUGCGGUCUCUAGCUUACGGUGAACCGACGACGUCCCCGACAGUUUGACAAUGUUAUCGAAGUUCCUUGAAAACACUCAUUGCUAAAUCAUACAUUCUUUCGUUUAUAAUGGCGCCUCAGAAACAAGUGGUGGAGGUGCCACGCUUCCUCCUCCCUCGUCUGACAUGGAACACUUCUCCCCGCACCACCGUCGCUCCUCCUGAGGUUGCUGCUAUCCCAGCGAGAAGACAGAACACAUUUAGCUCGAAUCUAUCUGCCCAGAAACUGCAGAAUCCGUGGAUCUCGGCGCCAUCCAGUACUUCCUUGAUCUCUUCCCGCACAUACAGCACUGCACAUACCGUCUCCCGCCGUCCUUCUAUCGCGAACACCUCUUCUACUUCGUCUGCCGAAUCAGUUGGCAAUCCGAUCAAAUACAAUGGUGUCUAUGUUGCUACCUUCAAACCAGCGCGUAGAGCCUUCCGUGCCACGGCUGUCCAGCAGAGAGAUCACCAUUUCGACACCCUGAAGUUCGUACAGAGGUUGAAGAAGGAAGGCUUCAGCGAGGAGCAGGCAGUCGCGAUGAUGAGGGUGCUCAACGAUGUAAUCGAGGAGUCUAUCCAGAAUCUUACGAGGACAAUGGUUUUGAGAGAAGAUUCCGAGCGCUCCAUCUAUACGCAAAAGGUGGACUUCGCAAAGCUCCGUUCUGAACUCCUAAAUGCCGACUCGACUGAGGCACAGCUGACUCGCUCCUCCCACGAGCGCAUCUCGGCCGACCUUGCUAAGCUAAACUCUCGCCUGCGCGAUGAGAUCGGACGGACGCAGGCGUCUGUCCGGUUGGACCUGAAUCUGGAAAAAGGCCGCAUCCGCGAGGAAGCCAAUGGACAGGAGAUGCGCAUCAAGGAGACAGAGACCAGAAUCGAGCAAGAGGUUGCUGGUUUGAGAGAACGUGUUGAAGCAGUCAAGUUCUCAACACUACAGUGGCUGAUGGGUGUUUGCACUGGUACCGCUGCACUGAUUAUUGGUGCUUGGCGUCUGUUUAUGUAAACAAGAAGGAAGUUUCCAAAUGUUUGAGUAUGAUGAAAAGAUAUUUGUGCUGUCUUGGACGAUAUAAUGUAGAGAGGGAUGCAAUGCCCUCAUGUUCAAUCUUUUGGCCUAUUUCCUUUGUCUGUACGAUAUUGCCAUUGGCAUAAGCUCCUCCUCUCUUUCUAGAAAAAUAUUCGGAAAGAUGAAACCUAAAAUAAUAGCAAGGCCUUGUUGAAGUAUUAUAUGGUUGGGUGUGGGGUGACUCCCGCGGUUCUCAAUUAUACCAUAGCUCUUAUUUGCCUAUAAUCAUAGCCUUUGUACCAACGC